ACUCCAGGCUGGGCGACAAAGCAAGAUUCCGUCUCAAAAACUAAAAACUAAAAAAAAUAAGCCCCAGACCCUCAUUCUCCCAUAGAGACACUGACUUAACACUAUAUGGACCAAAUUGCCUUUGUGAGAACUUUUCAGAAAUGAGUUAAAAAGUUGCAAUACCCCAGGUGAACGUAGAAGCAAGAAGAGCUGAUUUGAAGCAGGUGAGAAAGUCCAUUACGUUUGCAUACCAUAGGUUCUCUCAGUACCACGCACAGUGCAGCACAAUCUGGAGGUAUCUCCCACUUGCACCUUCUUUCUCAAGAGGGAAAGAGUAGAGUGGAAUGUAUGUCCCAUGUUCUGGCUUAUAGUGGGGCUGACCACAGGACGGAUUUCUGUUCAUGUGACUCGGAGCACUGACAGGAACAGUGUCGUACUUUGGAUGACUUUGGGGGCUGCUGAGAACAAAUGUGAGAGCUAUAGCCUUGUUACAGCACUGCAGGAGCUAGUAUCGUAAACAGAUACCAAGGGGAGCAAGAAAUUAUGAGUUCCUUAAAAAGAAACGGGCAAACCUCUUCAGGAAAUUACACAAACCCAGAGAAGUUACAUCCCUAGAAAAGAUUCAAGAGGUCCCCAAGAUCUCCAGCUAAACUAUUGUGUGAUGCUGUUCCUUUUCACAAAGCCAGUCUAUAAAGGCUAAGAGAGAUGGCUGUUUUUUCAGAUGCCCAAAUCUCAACGAAAGAUGAGCAAGUGGCCGGACACAAUGACUCAUGCCUGUAAUCCCAGCACUUCGGGAGACCAAGGCAGGAGGAUCACUUGAGUCCAGGAGUUUCAGACCAGCACUGUCACGGUUUGCUACAAAAUUAAACAGCAUUAGCACAAAACAAACACAACAUUCUUUUGUCUCUUUUCUAGGCAGCAGGCUUUAUUUUGUGUGCUUCGGGUCUAUUCUGUCAGGAGAAGGGUGCCUAGUGUCAAAUCCUGCAAGGCCUGAGGUGGGGGCCUCUCAGGUGACCUUAGGCCUCCCAGGUGACCUCAGAUCUCUCAGGUGAGGUCUGUCCUCCCAGGUGACCUCUGCCCUGCCACGUGAAGUUCUGGCACAGUGACUUUGACUCUUGCAGGAGAUGGGCUACUGCCAGGGUGUGAGCCAGGUCGCUGUUGUCCUGCUGAUGUUCCCCAAGGAGAAAGAGGCCUUCUUGGCACUGGCUCAGCUGCUGACCAGCAAAAACCUGCCAGACGCUGUGGAUGGACAGCUGCCCAUGGGGCCUCACAGCUGGGCCAGCCAGGUGGCUCCAGAAACGACAUCAAACAAGGUGGACCGGGGUGUCUCCACAGUGUGUGGGAAGCCUAAGGUGGUGGGGAAGAUCUACGGUGGCCAGGACGCAGCAGCUGGUCAGUGGCCAUGGCAGGCCAGCCUGCUGUAUCGGAGCUCGCACCUCUGUGGAGCUGUCCUCAUCGACUCUCGCUGGCUGGUGUCGACAGCCCACUGCUUUCUCAACAAAUCCCAGGCCCCGGAGAACUAUCAGGUUCUGUUGGGAAACACCCAACUGUAUCAUCAAACCCAGCACACCCAGAAGAUGUCUGUGCACCAGAUCAUCACCCAUCCAGACUUUGAGAAGCUCCACCCCUUUGGGAGUGACAUUGCCAUGUUGCAGCUGCACCUGCCUGUGAACUUCACUUCCUACGUUGUCCCCGCCUGCCUCCCAUCCCAGGACAUGCAGCUGCCCAGUAACGUGUCCUGUUGGAUAACCGGCUGGGGAAUGCUCACCGAAGACCAUAGAAGGAUUGGCCCUGUACAUACAGCUGUCCCCUCUAGGCUUCAAGCAGUGUGUUGUUCCGGGUGUAGAGGGCAGAGGGUGGGUUCACAUGCUAAUAGAUUCAGAUCCGUGAUUGCUGAGGGUCGGCUCAGGAGCUUGAUGCCUGGAGAUUUCUAUCUGGGUGAUUCCGGGGGGCCUCUAGUCUGCUACCUCCCCAGUGCCUGGGUCCUGGUUGGGCUGGCCAGCUGGGGCCUGGACUGCUGGCAUCCUGCCUACCCCAGCAUCUUCACCAGGGUCACCUACUUCACCAACUGGAUCGACGAAGUCAUGAGGCUCACCCCUCUUCCUGACCCCACGUUGGCUCCUCACACCCGCUCUCCACCCAAGCCUCUGAGGGCUGCUGGCCUGCCUGGGCCCUGCGCAGCCCUUGUGCUGCCACAGACCUGGCUCCUGCUGCCACUCACCCUCAGGGCCCCAUGGCAGACCCUGUGAUGACCACAGAGCCCCUUGACCCCUUCUCUCUGCUUAGGCCUGGGUGUCCAUGCUGGACCCUC